GGAAUUCUGAAUAGUUAUAAUCUUGUUACACAAAUGAAAAUAAUUUAUAUUAAAUAUUUGUACCGGUUUGUAUGCUACUUCAGUCUCGAAAAGGGUUAAUCACCGAAAACAAGCCCCAUUUACCAUUUGAUUAUAUAUUUUUUUGGCACUUUGAGAGUAUUAAAAAUAGAUAUUCAUUCAAAAUAACUGAAAAUUUUCUAUUUAAAUAUCAUUAAAAUAUUUGCAUUGUUUAAAGAAAAAGUUUUUUUUGUACAAUACAUCCCUGUUAUGCAAAAUUUAUCGAUAAUUUUUACGUUUACUCAACGAUAAUGCAGUUCUAUUUAACUGCAAUGUCGCUGGUAAAGCGGUGCGCCUUUCUUUCUGUUUGACCACGUUCCGUGCGAGACGUUUUUUAAUACAAAAUGAGCCUUAAUAUCUCGAAAAAACGCAAGUUCGUUGCCGAUGGCAUGUUCAAGGCUGAAUUGAACGAGUUCUUGACUCGUGAGCUCGCCGAGGAUGGUUACUCUGGAGUUGAGGUCCGCGUUACCCCUGCUCGCACUGAAAUCAUCAUCAUGGCCACUAAAACACAACAAGUGUUGGGUGAGAAGGGUCGUCGUAUUCGUGAGCUGACCGCUAUGGUACAAAAGCGUUUUAAUUUCGAGCCUGGUCGCAUCGAAUUGUACGCCGAGAAAGUGGCCACUCGUGGUCUGUGCGCUAUUGCACAGGCUGAGUCUUUGCGUUAUAAAUUGACCGGAGGUUUGGCGGUGCGUCGAGCCUGUUAUGGUGUAUUGCGUUUCAUUAUGGAAUCGGGUGCCAAGGGCUGUGAAGUCGUUGUGUCCGGUAAAUUGCGCGGUCAACGUGCCAAGUCAAUGAAAUUCGUUGACGGUCUGAUGAUCCACUCUGGUGAUCCAUGCAACGAUUACGUUGAAACAGCUACCCGUCACGUAUUGUUGCGUCAAGGUGUUUUGGGUAUUAAGGUGAAAAUUAUGUUGCCCUACGAUCCCAAGAACAAGAUCGGCCCCAAGAAGCCACUGCCCGACAAUGUGUCGGUUGUGGAGCCAAAGGAGGAGAAGAUUUAUGAAACUCCUGAGACAGAAUACAAAAUCCCACCACCCAAACCAUUGGAGGAAUUGGUGGAAGUACCAAAAGUUUUGUAAAUUUUUAAUUUAAAAGAUAUGCUUUUAUAUAGAAAAGUAAAUGUGUAAAAAAAAAUAAAUGAAAAAAUCAAUUUGUCAUUUGGAGUUUUGAUAAAAUAAUGAUGAGGAAAUAAGUGUUUGUACAUAAAUGAAA